CCCACCUUUUUUUAACUCCCCUUGUCUCUCUUCGGAGAGAGAGAACCGAAUCACCAAUCGACCGCACAGCGAUCCGCAUCCGCCACUGAGUCCCACCUCGCCGCCGGCAAGGUCCGCGUCGUUGCCCGGCGGCAUCGAUGGAGAGGCUCGCCGCCCUCACGCGGGAGCAGUCGGUGUGGGCUUGGUCCCGGUAGUUACAAUCGGUUGGUGGGGGCGGGGGCAGGCAGGACAGGAGAGCGCCGCGGCGAUGAAGGCCCUGCGGCGAUCCAGCACCUCGUCUUCGUCCUCAUCCUCGUCGUCCCCGAGGACGCCAUCCUCGCCGCCGCCGUCUUCGUCGCGGAUCCACCGCCGUUCGCUUCUGCUCGUCGCCUCGUCGGCCUCCUCUUUGGCGGCGUUGGGGAAAUCGGCCGCGGCGGCUUCGGCUUCAGCGUCGCCGUUGCUUGCGGCAGAUUCCUCGUCGUCAUCCCCACCGAAUUCGGACCGAGGUGCAAUUAAAUCUCCAUGGUCUCGGAGGAAAAGAAAACAAGCACUCUCUUGUCAAAACUGGAGCCGUCUAUUUUCUGUGAAUGGGAAGUUUCGUGAUGGAGGAAGAAAAUUUCUGAAGAAAGUUCGCAGUGGGGGAAUUGAACCAGGUAUCAGGGCUGAAGUUUGGCCCUUUCUACUUGGAGUCUAUGAUUUAAAUAGUUCUGAAGAGGAAAGAAAUAUCAUCAAGACAAAGAAAAGGAAUGAGUACGAAAAGCUCAGGCGCAAAUGCCAUCAAAUUCUGAACUGCCAAAAGGGAUUUGGGCUAAAGGUCAUAAAUGAAAUCAACAAUGAGGGGUGUUCUCGUGGUGUGCCUUAUCUGCAAGAUGUUAGUGCAAGUGUUUCUGUAUCAGCCAAGGUAUUUAAUUGUUCAGGGAGCGAGGCAAACAGUCCGGAUAAUGCUGCCUGUGGUGCUGCAGAAUGCAUGGAUGAUGAUACAAGUGAGUUAACUUGUGUAGAUCCAUCUAUGGCAGAAUCAGAAUCUUCUGGCUCUGCAUCUUCUGAUGAAGAUGACCAUGGCCAGAUAUCCGUCUGUGCUGAUAUAGAAGAGAACUGCGCUCCAGAGCAUAAAUUUGUCAGGAGUACCUCGUCCAAGUCAGACUUCUUUAGAUCUAACAAAACUCCAGAGGAUUUUGCAACAUGGCAGCGCAUUAUACGUCUAGACGCUAUCCGGGCAAACACAGACUGGGCUUUAUUCUCCUGUAACCAGGAUGAAAUCUCCGAGGAAAAGGCAUUGCAGCGUGCAUUGUCUGUUGGUUUGAAAGAUUAUGACCAUUUAGAGCCUUAUAUGAUAUAUCAUGCUGCCCGGUUAGUUGCAUUGCUUGAGGCGUAUGCACUCUAUGAUCCAGAGAUUGGCUACUGCCAAGGUAUGAGUGACCUGUUGUCACCUAUAAUUGCGGUAAUGAAGGAAGACCAUGAAGCAUUUUGGUGCUUCGUGGGCUUCAUGAAGAAAGCUCGGCACAACUUCAGGCUGGAUGAGGUUGGAAUAAGAAGACAGUUGAAAACUGUCUCCCAGAUCAUCAAGCACAAAGACUCGCACCUCUAUAGACACCUGCAGAAGCUGCAGGCCGAGGACUGCUUCUUUGUGUACAGAAUGGUGUUGGUCCUCUUCAGGAGAGAGCUCACCUUUGAGCAGACUUUAUGCCUGUGGGAGGUGAUGUGGGCUGAUCAGGCCGCUGUUCGAGCUGGGAUCGGAAGGUCCACAUGGGGAAGGAUAAGGCUCCAUGCUCCUCCAACCGACGAUUUGUUGCUCUAUGCCAUUGCAGCCUGCGUCCUGCAGAGGAGGAGGCUGAUCAUCGAGAGGUACAGCAGCAUGGAUGAGAUACUGCGGGAGUGCCAUAGCAUGGCUGGGCAGCUUGACGUCUGGAGGCUUCUAGAUGAUGCGCACGACUUGGUUGUUAAUCUCCAUAAUAAGAUCUGAUUCAAUCGCUCUUUUCGGAUCGUUUGUAGACCUAAAAAAUAUGCCCGAGGUAUGUUCUCAGUGAAAGUGAACUUUCAUCUGUUGUUUGUCACCCGGCAUAAAAACCAUUCUAGGUAUAGAGAUUGUUGUAAGUUUAAGUGGAUAAAGUUCCCUUCAAAGAAAAGAGAACAUGGAAGAUCAAGCAUCCCAAGUUCAGCAAAAUACGGUACGUCUUUGGAUGUCCAUAGUUACCAGGUUACUGCCAUUGUAAACAGUCGGUUGUUUAAUUUAAUGUAGGGAACUUGCUGUUUUUGCCUUAAAAAUUCCUUCUUGGCAAGAACAGCAUGCCCCCCCCCCCUUUAUAGUCGAAACAUAUUUUUUCCCUUAUUAAGGAAUAAAGAGCAGUAUACAAACUA